GCUAGGGGAGUUUGUGGCUUCUCAGUGUCAUGUGUGUCGAGUAGUCUAGGUAGUGUGGCAAAGGGAGCUCUCUGGCUAUGGCGGUGGUGGCGAGCGUCGCCGCGAUUCUUCCAUGGCGGCAUCACGGCUGUGGGAGCAAGCGCGCUGGCAUUGCCUCGCCGGAUCAUCCACGGAUAUGGCAGAAUCCACCGCUCCGGCAUGGAAAUAUCUCGGCGCAGCGAUCGGUGACGCAGAUUGCGGCGAGCGGCAGUGGGAGAUUUGCCGCUCUGGAUUCCAAGGUAGGGACGAUCGCGUCGGAUGCCGCCGGAGAAGUGGCGGUUUUCUGGGAGAGCGAUUACCUCCUCGCCGCUCGCGUCAAGAACAAGGGAUUGGAUGUGUUGCAAGGAGCAGUGGCCCUUGUGAAGAAUCUGGGAUUCAAGGUUGCCGAGGCGACGGUCCAGCUGGAAGAGAAUGCCAUGGACGACGGGGUUUCUGUGCAGUUGCUCAAGAUUUUGGUAAAGAAUGCCAGGGACAAGAAGCUGGAUGCCGCGGAGAAGAGCAACCUUGCAACAUCGCUCAUGGAUUUCAUCGUCAGGUCGUACGUUCCAGGCGCUCCUAGCUCGGAUCCGGGGUUUAGGCACAAGGUGGAGCGAAUGUACAAGCUCAUGGAUCAGUACUUGAAGAACGACACGUUUAGCAUCCAGAAAAACAUCGUGGAUCACUCCGAGUAUACUCUGGCGAGAUCACGAUUCCGGUUUGAUGACUUCGAAGCAUACCAGGCCACUGCCUAUAGCGUGCGGGACCGGCUGAUCGAGAGAUGGAACGAUACGCAUUCACUUAUGAGAGAAAAGGACCCCAAAAGGAUAUAUUAUCUUUCAAUGGAGUUCCUCAUGGGUCGUUCGUUGCUAAACAGUAUCGUCAACAUCGGGGUCAAGGGACAGUAUGCGGAUGCUUUGAAACAGCUCGGGUUCGAUUUAGAAAUUUUGGUCGAGCAGGAGAGAGAUGCUGCUCUUGGAAAUGGUGGACUCGGCCGGCUUGCUGCUUGUUUUUUAGACUCGCUUGCGACUCUAGACUAUCCUGCUUGGGGUUACGGUUUAAGAUAUGAAUAUGGUAUGUUUAGGCAGACUAUACAGGAUGGGUUCCAACUCGAGCAUCCCGAUUACUGGUUAAAUUUUGGCAAUCCAUGGGAAAUUCAGCGAGUUCAUACAACAUAUCCUGUAAAGUUCUAUGGUCAUGUGGACGAAAUACAAGAGAACAAUAAGAAAACAUAUAUUUGGACACCUGGGGAAACGGUUGAAGCUGUUGCCUACGACAAUCCAAUCCCCGGUUAUGGUACAAAAAAUACCAUAAAUCUGCGGCUCUGGGCUGCAAAACCAAGUGGCGAACUUGAACUAGACUCUUUUAGUACUGGCGACUAUGUGAAUGCAGUGCUUAGUAAGCAGCGAGCUGAGACGAUCAGCAGUAUUCUUUACCCAGACGAUAGGACAUAUCAGGGCAAAGAGCUCCGGUUGAAACAGCAAGUUUUCCUGGUAUCAGCUUCUUUACAAGAUGUAGUACGAAGAUAUAAAGAUUUUCAUUCCGAUUUUGCGGCUUUUCCUCAAAAGGUUGCCUUUCAGCUAAAUGAUACACAUCCAAUCAUUGGCGUGGCAGAACUGAUGAGGAUACUUUUGGAUGAGGAGAAGCUAGAUUGGGUGAAGUCAUGGGAAAUAACCACUAAAGUUUUCUCUUUUACAAAUCACGCAAUCCUCCCCGAAGCAUUGGAAAAGUGGCCUUUAGAGCUUUUAGAGAACCUUCUGCCACGCCAUUUGCAGAUAAUCUAUCGCAUCAAUUUCUAUUUUAUGGAGGAAAUGAAGAAAAAAUUUGGCGAUGAUCUUGUUCGUCUGUCUAGAUUAUCUAUUAUUGAGGAAGGCGAGAAGAAAAAUGUGCGUAUGGCAAAUUUGGCGCUUGUAAGCUGUCAUACCGUGAACGGAGUGUCAAAAAGCCACUUCGAGUUCAUUAAAUCGUCACUAUUUAAGGACUUUCAUGAUAUGUGGCCACACAAAUUUCAGUGCAAAACAAAUGGUGUUACCCAGAGGAGAUGGAUGGCAUGCAGCAAUCCGGAUCUAAGUCAGUUGAUCACUAAGUGGCUAGGAACAGAAGCUUGGCUUAAAGAGCUGGACUUGCUCUUGGGCCUUCGUCUCCACGCUAAUGAUUAUAAUCUUCAAGAGCAGUGGAUGAAGGUGAGAAGAUCAAAUAAGUCAAGGCUAGCAGCCUAUAUACAAAUAAUCAGCGGUGCAAAGGUGAAUGUCGAUGCAAUGUUUGACGUUCAAAUCAAACGCAUUCACGAGUACAAGAGGCAAUUUUUGAAUGUUAUCGGCAUCAUCCAUCGCUACGAUUGCAUUAAGAAUAUGACAGCAGAAGACAGAAAAAAGGUUGUGCCUCGCGUUUGCAUACUUGGAGGAAAAGCGCCCCCUGGCUAUGAAAAUGCGAAAAGGAUAAUAAAAUUGAUCCAUGCUGUUGGCGACAAGCUAAAUAAUGACCCCGAUGUGGGAGACCUAUUGAAGCUAAUUUUCAUUCCAGACUAUAAUGUCUCAAUGGCAGAACUUGUAAUACCUGCAAGUGAUAUAUCCCAGCACCUCAGCACUGCUGGGAGUGAGGCAUGUGGCACAGGAAACAUGAAGUUUGCGAUGAACGGCUGUCUCAUUGUAGGGACCAAGGAUGGCUCCAAUGUUGAAAUUCAAGAAGAAUUAGGAAGCGAAAAUAUGUUCCUCUUUGGUCCCAGCGCAGAGGAUAUCCCAGAGCUGCGAACCGAGCAAAAAGAUUUUCAACCUGUAUUGGAGUUUCGCCGUGUGGUCGGCAUGAUUCGCAAAGGAGUAUUUGGCAAUGCAGAGUACUUCCAACCGUUAUGUGACACCAUUGACGGAGCUGGGGACGACUAUUACUUGCUAGGCCAUGAUUUUCCAUCUUACUUGGAAGCUCAGGCUGCUGUUGACAAAGCAUUUGUCGACAAGAAGCGGUGGGCCGAGAUGAGCAUUCUAAGCACCGCCGGUUGUGGACAGUUCAGCACUGACAGAACCAUCCGCGAGUAUGCAGAGGAAAUAUGGAACGUAGAACCGCUGCGGCACUCCUAGAAGAAGAGCGAGUUGCCUGUGUCCCGCUUUAAAAAAAACUCCCGGUAAAUAGACUUUCACGUAUGUGUGCU